CAUUGCAAGAGAUUAGAAACAGUCUGAUCACAACAAGAGUGUCUGACAAGAAGUUAGGUAUUUAAGAUAUUUCCUGCUCAUUAUUAUACAGUAGCAGGGACAAAAUGCCUACAACACAGUUUGGAGUGCUCUGGAUUUUGCUGUUAUGUUGCUGUCAUAAGAGUGAAGCUAAACUUGUUCUCAAGCACCGAACCAGCAUGGCACUGGCAGGGGAAACAGUCACCAACAUGCUUGAAGUCACCAUCCAAGCUAACAGCACUGGGCAUCCUAUUAAGUGUUUCCAUAAGGGUCAUAAAGUAUGGGAACACCCCACUGAUUAUAAAGCAUCUGUUUCUCCACAACAAAAAGAUUUGCCAGUAAAUAUCACCAUGCAUAACAGCUCAUGCUCUGGAGAAUACCACUUUGAAUACAUGAAUGAGAAGGUGUAUUGGUUUGUCCGUGUACGAGAUAUGGGUUAUCAGCCACAUCCUAAGAUUUUUGUCCCUAUGCUGGCUGUCUUCAAUGUUCUGCUGCUGCUUCUCAGCAUCAUUGGAUCAGUUUAUAUCUGCAUGUGGUACAAGAAUCAUUUCCCGUCUGAAGGAGAUGAACAUAACGUGAAAGUCAAGGAAAAAAAAAAGAAUACAGUUGCAACAGAAGGAACUACGUCUGAUUCAUUGUACACGGCUCUUGAAAACAGGACUGCCUCCGUUUAUGAGGUGCUGAAUGUCGAUGAAGCCACGGGAGCAAGUGCAAAGUGUCAAACAUCAAAGAAAACGGCCAAGCCUUCACCUGUAGAAGAGGGGGUAUUUGAAUCUGUUUAUGAAAACCUGUGAUUAGAUAUUAUUUGUAUAUACAAAUGACAUUUCUUUACAUGAUGUAUAAAAUCUAUAACACUGAUGUGUACAGCCUGUCACUUUUUAUACAAAAGGUUUCAAUAAAAAAAUAUCUAAACUCUACAAAGA